AUGGGACUGUCCAUGGCUGAACACAUUAGAUGUGGUAUUGUUCUUUAUCUCACCAUACUCGUACUCUCUAUAACGGUUUUCUGGAUUUUCAAAGUAACUGGAAGAAUGGACUACAUCUACAGCGAACAUGGCCGUGGUGUCUACGCCGGCAAGUACGGAGCCGUGAACGAGGAUGGAGGUCGAGCAUAUGGUAAUUUAUCGAAGGGCACAUUGCUGACUUCAACAAGGGUAAGGCCAUACUAUCACACGCGAGUUAAAACCAUGGUCGAUUCUGGGUCACAAUCGAAAACUCCGUCACAAACUGAAGUAAAUGCAUUUCCAGCGAAGACUUUUUCUCCUCGUUCCAGGACAGGUUAUCUGCUACCAGUGAUACACAAAGGCGGACAGAAUGUCCAGUUCAAUUCAUUCAAGAAAGCAGCCGCGUUUGCACUCCUUAGAAACCGUACAAUUGUCUUGACACCCUUUUUCUUUCACGGUGGGGACGAACGAGGGUGGACUAUUCAACACUGGCGAGAGUUCAACAUGACCUUUGACACAGCGGAGCUUCAGAAAAUCGUCCCCGUUGCCACCUUGAGUGAAUUUAAACGUGAAUGCGAUGGCAAAAUGAAAGCACUCAUCACUUCGCACUACAGGAUUUACAAGGCGAAUCUCACCCUAAAUCGACUUCUACAUCUGAAACCAGUCGCCUAUAACAACACGGUCAAAACGUCUAGGUACGUCUAUGAUAAACUCAUCUUUGACGACGAGCCGUGCUUGGCGCUGCUUCUCCCUCAUUAUCUCGACAUGCCCAAAAAAGAAGUGUCCGAUUUGAUUGACAGCCAUUUUGUACGCGCACCGAUCAUAAAAAGAGCCGUGGAUACCGUUCUUCGUCAUGCUUGUCAAGGUGGCCACAUGAUGGCGCUACACUGGAGAAACCGAACUGGAGAAACGUGUUUCCACUUUUCAGCAGCAGACAAGGUAAAAGAAAAAUGCAGAAAAGCUAUCCCUGAAGCCGCCAUAGCCGCUGAGAUGGUUGCUCACUCGGUAAAGUGGCAUAUGGAGAAAGAAAACACUACAUGUCUGUUCGUCGCACAUCCCCAUUAUUCAAAGCCUGCUAUCGACUACUUCAAGAAAGUGAUUCCAGGGUACAGAGUGAUAGACUCUGAUAUUGCUAGAGAGUUGAAAGCUCCUGAAACGGACCGAAUUAAGAACGACAUGUACCUCAUGUCGCUAUUCGACCAAGAAAUGUGUUACAGAUCUAAACUGUUUCUUCGUCAGCGUUAUUCGAGUUGGUCCGAUUUCAUUGAAGAACAGAGAAAUGUUAUCGGGACGAGUACGAUGCGUAUAGCUCAGCUACAAGGAUUAAACGGCCCGGAGUUCCGUGACUACAUACAAUGGGUUUGA